AUGUCUGCCCUACCCAUGUCUGCCCUACCCAUGCCUGCCCUACCCAUGUCUGCCCUACCCAUGUCUGCCCUACCCAUGUCUGCCCUACCCAUGUCUGCCCUACCCAUGUCUGCCCUACCCAUGUCUGCCCUACCCAUGUCUGCCCUACCCAUGUCUGCCCUACCCAUGUCUGCCCUACCCAUGUCUGCCCUACCCAUGUCUGCCCUACCCAUGUCUGCCCUACCCAUGUCUGCCCUACCCAUGUCUGCCCUACCCAUGUCUGCCCUACCCAUGUCUCCCCUACCCAUGUCUGCCCUACCCAUGUCUGCCCUACCCAUGUCUGCCCUACCAAUGUCUGCCCUACCCAUGUCUGCCCUACCCAUGUCUGCCCUACCCAUGUCUGCCCUACCCAUGUCUGCCCUACCCAUGUCUGCCCUUCACCCACGUCUGCCUGCCCUACCCAUGUCUGCCCUACCCAUGUCUGCCCUACCCAUGUCUGCCCUACCCAUGUCUGCCCUACCCAUGUCUGCCCUACCCAUGUCUGCCCUACCCAUUUCUGCCCUACCCAUUUCUGCCCUACCCAUGUCUGCCCUACCCAUGUCUGCCCUACCCAUGUCUGCCCUACCCAUGUCUGCCCUACCCAUGUCUGCCCUACCCAUGUCUGCCCUACCCAUGUCUGCCCUACCCAUGUCUGCCCUACCCAUGUCUGCCCUACCCAUGUCUGCCCUACCCAUGUCUGCCCUACCCAUGUCUGCCCUACCCAUUUCUGCCCUACCCAUUUCUGCCCUACCCAUGUCUGCCCUACCCAUGUCUGCCCUACCCAUUUCUGCCCUACCCAUUUCUGCCCUACCCAUGUCUGCCCUACCCAUUUCUGCCCUUCACCCAUUGAACCUGGCAGUGGGCCUCGCCCGCCACAUGCGCCUCACAAGUGGGGCUGCUGGACGCCGAUGUGUUCGGUCGGCCCCUCACUGCCCAACCUGCUCGGCGUGGACAUCGCCGCCCCCCUCAGCCCCCUCUUCUCGCGAUGCCCCCCUGGGCCUAGAGACUGUCGGCCGCCCCCUGCUGGCCUCGCCCUUCCCCCACGCGUCCAUGCUGCCACUGCAGGUGCAGGGCGUGCGCUGCAUGUCCAUGAGAGGAGAAGCUUGUAAGGGGGACGGAGUGGGGGCGGCUGGACGUGCUGGUGGAGGACAUGCCGCCCGGCUCGGGGGAUAUGUGCCGUGUCUCCGGUCAGCUUAG